AUGUUUGAACUGCUGGCGAGGAGGGACUAUGUUCUGUCGCUGACGCUCGCGACUGAGUCGGACCGUUCGGAACGAUUAUUGAUGAACGUUUUACCGGUAUCGAUAAUUCAACAGCUUAAAGAGAUUCAAGAUGAUCAAGUGAAGCAAUCUGGUGGGGAGGCUACUGAGGAAGACACUUCACUAACGCACCAAAUGGCUAUGGGCUUUGCUGAGGCCUAUGAGCACGUCUCGAUUCUGUUCUCUGACGUUGUGGGAUUCACAAAGAUUGGUUCUGAUAUCGAGCCGGAAGAACUGGUACAGUUGCUGAACGAGUUGUUUACAAUGUUUGAUGAUAUUGCUGAGGAAUGCGGGUUGGAGAAAAUUAAGACUAUUGGUGACGCGUAUAUGGCGGCGGCAGGGUUGCCGAGAUACAACCCGAUGCACGCGCAUGCUACAGCGAGGAUGGGGCUCAUGAUGAUCGAGGAUCCUUCCAAGAUUGAGGACGGCAAUCUGGUCGAUCAGCUCGGACAUCCUCUACGAAUACGUGUUGGUAUUCACUCUGGUCACUGUGUGGCUGGGGUCAUAGGCCGGAAGAAAUUCAUUUACGAUGUUUGGGGAGACUGCGUUAAUACGGCGUCUAGAAUGGAGUCCCAUGGCACAGAGAUGCGAGUUCAUUGCUCGGAGGACACAGCCAACUUGGUCCGACACAGUUUCGACCUCACCUGUAGAGGAGUUAUGGAGGUGAAGGGCAAGGGACUGAUGACCACAUACUAUAUCAAUAAGGAGCGAAGGGCGAGCAGGAAGAGAGAUUAUAGAAAUGAGUAUGGAGGAACGAUGCAGCUGUCACAUGGGAUGGUGUCCGACGUUGAGGAAGAGAGUUCAGAUUCGUCAUACCACUCGUCUGCCUCAUCAUGUGAUGGAGAAGCGUGGAACGCCUAUGAACCCUCCUGUAGAAGUGCUGAUGUGUCUUCCUUGAACACAGACGAAAUCGGGGCCGUUGGUAUGACUAGGAGGCGGCUCAGCUCGGUUCAAUCGGGGUACAGCCCGAGUAACGUUGAAACGAUUCCCCAGCGCAUCGCAAGGUUCUGA